AAUUUUCAGAGACCAAGACUUCCAAUUAAUGGUAUGAAAAACCAGUGAAAUCUUUCCAAUUACUCAUCGCUUUCGUGAUCGAUUCUAGAGAGAGAAAGAGAGAGAGAGAGAGAGAGACGAAAUGGGUUUUGGAGUUUCAUGCAAACUAUCAUUCUUUACCAUGGCCGCCGUGAUCAUUCUGCUGCCAAUUUCCGCCACCGCCCAGUCCCCCCGCGGCGGCGGCGGCGGCAAUAUUACUCUUGGUUCAUCCCUAGUCGCUGACAGUUCAAACUCCACAUGGAAAUCACCUUCCGGCGAAUUCGCUUUCGGAUUCCGGCAAGUUUACCCCGGAGGCUACUUGCUCGCAAUCUGGUUCGACGAAAUGCCUGAGAGAACCAUUAUUUGGUCGGCCAACCGUAACAAUCUAGCCCAACAAGGAUCGACAAUCCAACUCUCUUCCGACGGCAGAUUCGAACUCAACGACCCAACCGCCGGCCGAAGGAUCUGGGCUGCUAGUCCAGCCACCUCCGGCGUGGCCUACGCCGCCAUGCUCGACAGCGGCGACUUCGUUCUCGCAGCCAACUCCUCCGCCGUCACGUGGCGGAGUUUCGACGAGCCAACCGACACACUGCUACCAUCCCAAACACUCGAUCAAGGUGGUAGUAUUUUUGCCAGCUUUUCCGACACAAAUCACUCCAUAGGUAGAUUCAAGCUCAUAAUGCAAGCUGAUGGAAAUCUUGUCAUGUACACCAUUAACUUCCCGAACGAAGACCACGUUUACGCCUAUUUCGCGACGAACACCGUCGGCACCGGCUUUCGGUUGAUCUUCAACCAAUCGGGAUACAUAUAUCUCACCGCAAGAAACGGGACUAUACUCAACACGCUGUCGUCCAACGGAGCUCCAACGAGCCUAUUGCACCAGCGAUUGACGCUGGACUACGACGGGGUACUCAGGCAUUACGUGUACCCGAAAUUCGCCAAUGCAACAGGCGGGAGGCCGAUGGCGUGGUCCGUCAAUGAGUUCGAGCCUUCGAAUAUAUGUCUCAGAAUUGCUUCCGAUAGAGGAUUCGGUGCUUGUGGUUACAAUAGCGUCUGCACGUUGGGUACCGAUCAGAGGCCGAACUGCGUGUGCCCUUUCGCGUACUCCCCGAUCGAUCCGAACGACAGGAUGAGCGGAUGCAAACAAGAUUUUGUUCCGCAGAGCUGCGAUAGAAAUAGUUCGCGGGAAGAUGCGGAUGUUUUCAGCUUCGACGACAUGCCUAACACGGAUUGGCAAACUUCCGACUACGCUUCUUUUCAAUCUGUGAGUGAGGAUUCGUGCAGGCAGGAUUGCCUUAGCGAUUGCUUUUGUGCGGUUGCGAUUUAUAGUGACAAUGGUUGUUAUAAGAAGAAAACGCCUCUUUCAAAUGGGAAGACCGAUUCUAGCAUCGGUGGGAAGGCUUUGGUAAAGUUCUCAAGGAGAAACGACACCGCCACAGAUCCGAACCCUUCUGGCCGUAAUUCAAGAAAGAGUAGUAACCGAUCAGCUUUGAUCAGAAUGGGGUCCGUUUUGUUGGGGAGUUCGGUUUUUCUGAACUUGAUUCUUCUUUCUUUUGUACUGUUCCUCGUGUUUUGUUACAGGGCAAGAAAAUCGAAGACAGCUAUCCGAGCGUAUACUGCAGUUCCAGCAGGAGUAGUGAGCAUGAGAAGCUUCGGUUUUGAUGAGCUAAAAGAAGCUACAAAUGGAUUCAACGAAGAAAUAGGCAGCGGUGCUUGCUCAACAGUGUACAAAGGGACAUUCAACGAGGGCGAAAAUGUAACAUUCGUGGCCGUUAAAAAGCUGACCAAGAUCGCCGAAGAAGCCGAUCAAGAAUUCAAAGCCGAAGUGAGCUCAAUCAGCAGGACAAACCACAAGAACCUCGUCCGGCUCCUGGGGUACUGCGACGAGGGGCAAAACCGUCUUUUAGUUUACGAGUACAUGCCCAACGGCUCUCUAGCCAACUUCCUAUUCGAAAAUCCAUCACCGCCCAACUGGUACAGAAGAGUGCAGAUAGCAUUCGCAACAGCAAGAGGGCUCUGCUAUUUGCACGAAGAGUGCACCACGCAAAUCAUACACUGCGAUAUCAAGCCUCAGAACGUGCUUCUCGACGGGUCCCACGUGGCUAAAAUAUCCGAUUUCGGGCUAGCAAAACUCCUAAGAGCAGAUCAAACAAGAACCAACACAGGCAUAAGAGGGACUCGAGGCUACGUGGCGCCCGAAUGGUUUCGAAACAUGCCGAUAACGGUGAAAGUGGAUGUUUACAGUUACGGGAUAUUGUUGCUCGAGUUAUUGUGCUGUCGGAGGAAUUUUUUGCCGGAUGUUGAAGAUGAGAAGGUGGUUCUUGCUGACUGGGCGUACGAUUGUUACAGAGGAGGGGCGAUUCGGUCAUUAGCGGCGGAUGAUGAGGUGGCGGCGGAUGAUUUGAAACGGUUCGAGAGAUUUGUGAUGGUGGCGAUUUGGUGUGUGCAGGAGGAUCCAGCAUUGAGGCCUCAUAUGAAGAGGGUGAUGCAUAUGCUUGAAGGAUCUGUUCAAGUACCUGCUCCUCCAGAUCCUACAUCUUUUGUUAGUUAGUUAAUUAGGUUUUUUUUAUUAUUAUAUUUUUUUUGUAAUUUUUAAAUGUUGUAUUUGUGUGUGUUUUUGUAUUGAACUUCAUUCGAAUAAAGUUGUUGGAUUCUCGUGCUUC